AUGAAUCCUCCCCCGAAUCCCUUCUGGGACUUCGUCAACGGCAUCGAAGAUCAUCCCUUCUUCGCCCAAUACCGUGGACCGUUCCCUCCUGGACCGCCACCGCCACAACGAGCGCAGGCUCGUCCUGAAGCCAGCCCGGAGGAUCCUCCAGAAGUCGAUCCAUCCACUCUCCGUGGUCAGGCUGCGCAGUCAGACACCAACAUGCCGUUCCGUGGUCGUGGCCGAUUCGAAAAUGCCUUCAAUCGCGAGGGAAGCGGUAGCAGCAGCAGCAGCAGCAGCAGUGAGAGCGACGGAGAGGGUCGCCGUCGCACCGGCGGAAGGGGACCUCACGGUCCUGGUACCCAUCACCAUCAUCAUGGCCAUCAUGGACCACACGGACAUGGCCCUUGGGGCGGUCGAGGUGGCCAUCGUGGACCACCGCCCUUCGCUGGUGGUCCCUUCAUGUUCGGCCCUCCCCCUCACGCUCACGGGCCACCAGGCUCUGGGCGACGUGGUGCUCAUCCUCCACCUCCCCCUCCAGCAGCAGGCAGUGAAGGUCCACAGGGCCGUGGUCCUUUUGGCUGGUCUCGCGGACGCGGAGGAUGCUCCAGAGGCCGACCCGGACACCACGGUCCCAGUUCGCGCUCUCACCCCAGAGAUGGUCCAUUCGGAGGGUCUGGCCCGUUCGACAUGGGCAACUUCCUAAACAAUCUCGGCGAACGACUUGGAGUUGAUCUGACUUCAGCCGCUGAAGGCCUCGGUCUGGACAUUGGCCGAUACAGCUCGCCCCGCUCCCACGACAGCGACUUCGAGCCGAGAACCGACAUAUUCGACACCGCCUCGCAAUAUCUCAUCCACCUUUCCCUCCCUGGGGCCAAGAAAUCCGACGUGGGUGUCGAAUGGGACGGCGAACAUUCGCUGCUGCGCGUCACCGGGGUCGUCCAUCGCCCAGGGGUCGAUGAAGAAACGCUGUCCCAUCUGGUCGUCGAUGGAAGAAAGCGUGAAACAGGCGUCUUUGAAAAGAACAUUCGCCUCGGCACGGAAAAGGAACCCGUCGACAUCGACGUGAGCGGCAUCGCCGCCAAGAUGAUCGACGGUGUUCUUGUCAUCAGCGUGCCCAAGAACGAGAAGACACGUUUCCAGAAGAGGGAGGUCCGCAUCGACAGCUCUCCUUCCGUAGAGAAGUCGAACGAGAAGCAGCAUGAGGACAUCAACAUGGAUGAGCAUGAUGUGGACGCCACCUCUCCUCAAGACCACGAUGGAGAGAUGUACGACACCGAAGCGACGCCGGCAAAGGCCUCGUCAAGCAGCUCGUCCAAAGUGAUUGAAAAACAGCGAGAAGCUGAACAGGAACAUCUCAGAGAUGACCGCUCCAAGACUCUAGGCUUCAAUCAUCCCGACGCCACGGUCGAGACACUUCCUCUCUACGAGGUUGAAGACAGGAGUGUCAAAGACAACAAGACCGAGAAUGGCCACGCUCAACAGCAACAAUCCCAGGGCCAGGAGCGACAAGACGUGCAUGCGCAUGUCGAUGACGAGGAGGAGAUGAGUGAUUGGGAAAAAGCCGGGUCCGACGACGAAGGCGAAGGCGACUACGUCAAGAUCAACGUCGACUAG